UUACACAGUAGUGGGCUUUUUUUGAAUUUAAAAUCUAUUUUCGUACCAUUUCCAAAAUAAUUUAACUCUGUCGAUUGUCGGAUCGUGAUAUAAUUAUAAUUAAACUAAAUUAACACUUACAUUAAUUAUUAAUAAUGUGGUUAAAUUUAUAAACAAAGUGAUAAUUUUUCUUGUUUCUUGGUGACCGGUGUGCAUAUUAUCGUAUAAAAUGAUAUUUUUAAUCUUAAGUACUAUAUUUAGCGUCGUGUUUGCGUACCAAAAAGACAUGACAUUCACUGUUCAAGCCGGCAAAACGGAUUGUUUUUAUCAGAACGUCUUAGUUGAUGAUAUAAUUGAUAUGGAAUAUCAGGUAAUAGAUUCUACACAUGGGGAGUUAGACAUAUCCUUCCAACUGUCAGAUCCUACGGGCAGAAGCAUCGUGGCCGACUACAAAAAGCAGGAUAAUGCACACAGACACACCUCCACAUUGGAGGGUGACUACAAGUUUUGCUUUGAUAACACUUUCAGCACAUUCAGUGAAAAGACUGUAUACUUUGAUCUCCUUAUUGAUAAUGAUGAAAAUCAGGACAAGGACUAUGAUGACGACAAGGAACUGGAGAUGGGUGGGAGCUCGGCGGACGUGUACAUGAUGCGCGUGCGCGACAUAUCGGAGGCGGUGGGGCGGAUGCGCGAGCACGUGGCGGCGGCGCGGCGCCUGCAGGACCUGCUGUCCGCGCACGAGGCCCGCGACAGGAACCUCGCCGAGGAGAUGUGCUCCAGGGUUAUGAACUGGUCAAUCUGGCAGAUCAUUAUGAUGAUAGUCGUCAGCAUUAUUCAGGUAUAUGUGCUCAGAAGUCUUUUUGAAGAUCAAAACAGCAGAAGCUAUAGAAAGCUCAUUCCGAACUUCAUGCCCCAAUGAUACUCGGAGCCUGCGUAUAGGUAGUCAAUAGUAUGAGUAUUUUGUACAGAAAACUAUUUUUUUUACAAUUUUGUGAGAAAAAUC